ACCACGCUGAAGAUGCCGGGACUGCUGCUCGGAGAUAUAUUACCCGAUUUCGAAGCAGAGACCACCAAUGGCACAAUUAAACUUCACGAAUUUUUGGGCGAUUCGUGGGGAAUCCUGUUCUCCCACCCUAGAGACUACACCCCGGUCUGCACCACGGAGCUGGGCCGAGCUGCCAGGCUCAGCAGCGAGUUCAGCAAACGCGGCGUCAAGAUGAUCGCCUUGUCCAUCGACUGCCUGGAGGAUCACCACGGCUGGACCAAGGACAUCCUGGCAUACAACUGUGAGGAGGAGUCUGCCGGCUCCUCGCUGCCCUUUCCCAUCAUAGCGGACAGUAAACGGGAGCUGGCAGUGGCCCUGGGCAUGCUGGACCCUGUUGAGAAGGACGAAGAUGGCAUGCCUCUCACUGCCCGCUGUGUGUUCAUCAUCGGCCCUGACAAACGGUUGAAACUGUCGAUCCUCUACCCGGCCACCACAGGACGCAACUUUGAUGAGAUCUUGAGGGUGGUGGACUCGCUCCAGAUCACAGCAGGGAGACGAGUGGCCACACCUGCCGACUGGAGGCCUGGAGAGUGUGUGAUGGUCCCUCCCAGCAUGACUGAAGAGGAAGCAGCCGAUUUGUUCCCUGAUGGCGUUUACACCAAAGACCUGCCCUCUGGCAAAAAAUACCUGCGCUACACACCCGACCCACAGGCAGAGACGGAGCUCACUUCUGUCAUACAGACUGCACUUUAAUCCAGCAGUCCUCCUUCACCACUGCUGGUUUUUUCCCUUUAUUACCAGGUACAUAAAAACAGUCAGCGGGCAUCCCAGCUGUGAAUCAGUCAGGGUAUAUCCUCCUGGGAACCAAGGGAAAAAGUGUCUUCCAAUUUCAGUUUUUUUGUGAUUUCUUACCUAUGUAGGACCAAAAAAAAAUCUUACAAUUUAGACUUUUAAAAAUCUAUUUUAAUUUUUAAUUUUACAGGACUAUUUUAGUGUGAAAAUACGGCAAAAUUUAAAAGACAAAAAAUGUAUCAGAUUAUGGCUGUGUAAUGCUAUUUAUCCAAAAAUACAUUUAAUUUGAUUAAGAAACAUAAUUAUUUAUCAUUUUGGAUUGUUUCAGUAUAGUAUAUUUUCUAUUGAAACUGAAUGGAUUGCCAAAUCUCAGAAAACUUUGUCAAUUUAUAGAGAAAAGAAAUGAAUUGGGCUCCAGUUUGCAUGGUUAUAGGGUCAUUUUGACACCCAGGAAGCCCAGGAAGCACAGGUGUGAAUCUAAUAUCAUGGAAAAAAACACCAAUAAAUGAAAGCAUUAAAAGGAGAUGCAUGUGAACAAAAUGUCCACUACAGAGGACACAAGUCAAUGGGCUUAUCAAAAAUCUAACUAUGUACGACAGAAGUUGUUUCUAUUUUGCAGAAUAUUACUGCUAGGUACAAAAAUAGAAUUAGUUUCAAAUUCAUUUAUAAUAAGUUUUAUUCAACAUUGCACUUCUUUUUUUGUUCUAACGCAAGAGGAAGUGGUUUCUGGUGCUGUUUACACAAAGAAUGGCCUAAUGAGAGCUUGUUACUUACUGUUUUAAAUGGGUUACUACUUUCAAAUGUAUACAGCAACUUUACAUGAGUGAAAAUCUCAUGGAUUUACCGUUUUAUACUCUAAUGAUGACUUGUAUGAAUCUGUGUGGAACAAUAAAAGGGUGAUAUUUAGAAAAUGAUGAACUAUAGCGAUGAAUCUGCUUUGUCAUUACAUCCAGACAGCGAUGUCUAAGACCUCUAAGGACGGUGCCUCCUCACACACACACACACACACACACACAACCUCAGUUAGUUCUGUUAGAACAGCUGUGUAGGAUUUGGCGUUCCCCUCACCGGGUGGACGGCGU